AUGGCGAUCGUAUCAGAUGACGAGAUUCCGUCGGAGCGAGAGGUCUACACAUCGGACACCACCAGCACUGACGACGAUGACUUCCAGCCGUUCGCGCUACCUGAUGUCAGAGUUGAGCCUGCUGAUGGCCUUCCUGCCGGGGAUUUACCACUCACGGUGAUCCCUGCUCCUAUACCGCUUGCUGCUUACCCAGUAGUAGAUAUGCCCCUCGAUGUCGUUUCUGACGAUGACAUCGAUCUGUUUGAGGAGGAUUCGCCUGAGGCUGACUAUGAGGGCGGGGCCCCUAUUGCUGCUGAUGUUAUUCUUCCCAUCGAUGAUGCCCCUAUGGAGGAGCUUCCUGUUGGUUCACCUGUCCCGAACUCAUUGGAGUCUGUGGCGUCUGCAUCUUUACACGACCAUGGAGUGCAGCCUCACUCUUCUGACCCUGACAUGGCGAUGUCAGCUGCACCCGGUCCAUCGCAUGAGUUCGAGUUCGACCAUGAGCCCCUAGAGGCACCCGUAGCUCCUAUCGAUCCUUUGUUUGACAUCCCUGCUGAUUUCGAUAUGGAUCUUGUUGACCUGGAGCCUGUUGUGGCCCUAGAGCAUGUAGCUGCUCCUGAUCCUGCAUUAGAGCAUGACCCUGUUCAUGAUGAUGCACCAGCCAUUGCACCCUUUUUUGAUGAUGUACCCGUUGCUGACGUUCCUGUUGAUGCUCCACUCUUGAUAGAGGAUUCUGUUGUUGCACCAUUUCCUGAUCCUGUGCCGGUGAUGUUUGACCGUGCACCUUUUGCUACUCAUGUAGAUCCACGUUACGCCGACACCCGUAACGGGUGGAUCGAUGACGAUUAUCCACCAUUUGUAUUCCCUGUUACACCCCUAGUAGCACCCGUGUCUGCACCCACUGAUGUUCCUUUGUUUCCCACACUCACCACGGAUGUUCACCGCACUGAUCUACCUAUCACGUUCCUUCAGGACAUACCGCCGCCCCGUCCUGGAGAGGGGUCAUCUAGGCAGCCGCCUAUUCCUGUUCCACCCAUGCUAUCAUCAUCUUUACCAUUCACAUCUCAGUUUCCUUCUGUUGCACCACCUACUGCACCAUCGUUCAUGCCAUCGAGCGAGCCAUUCUUAUGGACUACGCCCCCUAUCAUGCCACUAUCUGACCCGUACCACUCGUACCAUGUUGGGUACUCUACGAAGGACAUCCUUACAUCCUUGAUGAUGCAGCAGGAUGCGUUGACACGCCGUAUUCAGGAUUUGGAGAGAGCUCCACGUCCAUCCUCUGAUUAG